CAUUUGCGUGGGCCGCUUUCCGUUAUCGUUUCGCUGACGACAGGCACACGCAGCACCAACCUUCCUUCCUUCCUUCCUGCCUUCCUUCCUUCCUGCCUGCCUGCCUGCGUGGUUUGACUUAUUCACCACCUCAUUCUGCACGAGCGAAACAAACACCUCCGCUGAACACACAAGACCUUGUGUCUGACGGUGUGCUCGUGGGUCGGGGACCUAGCCAAGAAGAAACCAAUUAGCUGAACACGACAUCAGCACACCUUUGCUUGCAUCCUCAUGAAACAACGAGUGCCUGCAGGCAAGUGUCAUGGGUGUGUGCAACAAGCGGUGACGACGACAACUGCGACGACAACAGCGAUGCCCCAGAACCACCACAGAGCCAGAAUACCACAUCUCUGCCUGAGCCAGCAUCUCCAACACAUCCACUCCCAUCUCGUCAUGCUGCUCUUCUUCCUCCUGGCAUCUUGCUUGCAAGCACAAGUCCUCGCACAAUCAGACUUGUGCCAGGAAGCACCCUGUGGGUUUGUCAACUCGACAUGCAGAGUUGAAGUGCACGAGAGCAACGACACCGCAACAGUGUAUGAGCGCGUGUGCGGGUGCGAGGCAGGCUACACCCUCGUGCUCCCGCCAGCAAUCACAACCACAACCACAACAACCAGCACAACGCAGCCUGUCAAUGGCAACACCACGACAACAACAGCAACAACAAUCACAUCCAUCACAGCCAACGGCAACACAACUGCACCAGCGAUGACAACGGCUGCCGCUUUUCACGUGCUCACCCCUUCCUACGCAAACGCAACCUGCCAAGACAUUAACGCGUGCGCCUGGUUCCCCUGUGGGGACAACAGUAUCUGCACCGACUUGCCGGCACCAGCACCAAACUCCACCCUUGGGCGCACAUGCACGUGCGCGCCUGGGUUUGAGCUUGCGCCAGGCCAGCCAGCUGACGGCAAUUGCGUUGACAUCGACGCAUGCGCCGCCAACCCAUGCCACACAAACGCAAACUGCACGGACCUCCCGGCACCAGCUGAUGGCACAGAGACCGGUCGCGUAUGCUCGUGCUUGGAAGGGUACGCGGGUGAUGGGAUCACCAACUGCACCAACAUCAACGCAUGCUCGUUCUUCCCGUGCCACCCUGAGUUUGGCGUGUGCACGGAUCUUCCACCGCCAGCACCCAACUCAACAGAGGGGCGGUCCUGUCGAUGCGACUACGGCUACACGGGUAAUGGAGAGGACAUCUGCUUCGACGUGAACGCGUGUCGUCGCAACCCAUGUGAUGUCAACGCCAUGUGCACCGACCUUCCACCGCCCGCGCUCAACAGGCCGGAGGGGCGCAUCUGCGAUUGCUACCCGGGCUUCUUCGGUGACGGCGACUACUGCAUUGGGGAGCCGCUGGUACAAGUUGUCGCUGCCGCUGAGAAUAAUGCUGUUCGAGUGGGAAGCUAUGUCACUGCCUUUGCCACCAUUCCCGUGACCGCAAGCACGAGCAACGUCAGCGUCUUGCUGCGCACACAACACGACACCCCGUUUGCGAAGCUCGUGUUUGCCACAACACCAGUUAUGGCCUUCGUCGUCAACGGUACCAUCCACCAGACCUUCAACAGCACAGACCGCAAUGUCACGGGCGCUGCCUUGCCUUCUGCAGCCGUUCUCACUUGGGGUACCAACACCUACAACAGCAACAGCAACAACUACAGCAGCAUCCCGUUUGCAUUUGAGCGCGUCAACGAUACUGCGGUGCUGCUGUCGUUUGGGCUGCUGGACACCACACACCCGGCAUCACCCCCAGCCGUCGCCGUCACUGCACAGCUUGCCGUGCUCGGUGAUGUCAGUGCCGGCAGACAGGAGGAGCUGUCCAUCAGGGCCACAGUGGUUCACGAUGGCCUUCAUCCGGUUCCAAUCAGCGCCACGGCGUACGCGUCCGUUGUCCACCCGAGCGUUGACGCGGUGUUCAGCCCAUCACAAGUGCCGCCCUUUCGAAACGCACUGGAAACCACAACCGUCGCAAUCGCAUUCACGGCACCGUCGCUGCCACUCUACAACGCCACAAUCGCCGUUGUUGCCGGCGCACAGGGCGGGGGUGCAGACGCAUCCGCACAGGUCAUCAAUGCAACGCUGGCUUUCCCAUGCCUGUUUGCGACGCAACCAAACACAACUGCAACGACAACGGGACCUGCAACGGCAAACAGCACGUGGUGUUCCGGCACGAGUGCCACGCUCAGCGCCCUCAACACAACGGCGGGUGGCGUCGCUGAGUUUGAAGUGGAGCUGAGCCUCACGGAUCUGGCUCGCAGCAACGCCACGGUCACGCUGCCCGAGAUUGAGGUGUCCUUCUUUGCAUGGCCGAUCACCCCUGAUACCACCACAACCCCAAGCACAACCAACACAACAGGGAGCGCCAUCGCAGCGGCGCCCGCUGUCAACCCACGUUAUACGCAACGCCUGCAGCUGAACCCUCGCACCAUGCGCUUGCCCACUAUCUCAGCAACCACAACCCUUUCCACCAUAUCGUGCUUCGCCUCCGCAACAACAGCGCCGCCGCCAUCAUCAUCAUCAUCAUCAUCAUCGUCACCACAAUCAGAUGACGCAGAUGCUGAUGCGACUGCUGUUGUUGUCAGCGCCCCUGGUGCCCUCCUGUACAUGUGCACAGAGAUUGCCGGGCCAUACCUCCGCUUCGAUCUUGGGUUGCAGUACUCCCUGCAGGCUGGGCUGGCGAGCAGCGUCGUUGUCUCCACCAAUGCCCCAGAGGACGCUGUGGGUGGUGCCAGUGGUGCAGUGCAGGCAAUUGUGCAGGCUGUAAACACCACAACCACCAACGCAACAGCGGCUGCUGGUGACAGCGACACAGACCGCGUGCUGUUGUCUGCGCGGGAUUUGCUCGUCAACACCAGCACGAACUCCCUGAUCAUCCAGACAGCCAUUCGCAUCAGUAGUGAACACACCCCACUGUUGACAGCCGGGCAACAGCUGAGCAUCGACGUGCAGGCUGUCGCCCUGCCAGGCCUCGCAUCAGCACAGGCCGCCAUCAUGGGUGCUUCGCACUUUGCAGUUGAGCUGCUGGAGCCAGCGCUUGAGCUGGCGUAUGUCGCAGAGGACGUGCCGCACCAUCUGGAUGCCGGCGAUGUCAUUGCACACCGCAUUCACCUUGCGCACCGGCCCUGGUCAUCUGCUCCUGCUUACGACCUCUGUGUCACCCUCACGGCCUCGCCAUUCCUGUCCUUCAUCUCGCCGACGGAUACGAAGCUGUUGCUUCCCCAAGGCCUCAACUGCACGCUCUCCAAUGACCAGAGUGGCCAUAUGGCUUCAAACUGGAACGAUGAUGCUGACGACGGUUUCAAUACGCUCACGUUCUGCUGUGCACAACCGCUCUCCCCAACCAACAACAGCAGCGUGUCUGCCCUUGUGCUGAGCACCGUGGCCGGAAACACGGCUCCACUCACGCCGCUCUACUUUGCUGCAACCGCCACCUACACCUCUGCCCCGCCGCCGCCAAGCAACACCUCAAGCAACAGCAAUACUACCAUCAGCAGCAGCAGCAUCGCCAGCGACCCCAAUACAGUGGCGUUGGCAUCCGCUGUGCUCUCAGCCAACAACAGCUCCCUCACUGACCCUGUCAGACACUAUGUUGCUGAUGUGGAACGCAACACCACACACGUGCUUGCUGUGCCGCUGGUACAUGAAGGAUCACCGCCUAGUACAGCGGCAGGUGCCGUGUACGUGAACGACGCCAGUGUUGUGCAGGAGGUGUGUGUCACCGCACCAUUCAGCCCAGAGUACCAGGACCCGCUGCCUGCAAGCAUUGUGGAUGGCGUGCAGGUACAUCUCUUGUUGGAGCUGGAGUCCUCCAUCACCAGCAGCAUGACACCGACAAACUGGUCCAUCGUCCCACGCUCUAUCCAGCACACCGCCUUCGGGUUUGAGGCAACCCUACUCCCAGCAGAAACCAUUGUCACGCUCAACUCGACGUUUUCGCGCGUUGUGCUUCGUGACAUGCACAGCACGGCUUCAACCACCCACAGCAGCACCAAUCUCACGCUUACGGGCGCGCUGCAGCAGCUGUUGUCCAACAUGACCGCGUCCACGGUUGACGAUGCCACGAUUUGCUUUGACGUGCAGCGACAGUCCGAGACAGCAGCAGGCGCCACCUCCCUCUUUCCUGUGCAGAACGCUGCUGUUGUGGCACUGAACGAGACAACAGCAGCUUCUGCGCGGUCCCUGUUGACGGUUGAGUACCGCACACCAUCCGCAAUUCAGGGCUGGCCUGCUGUGGAGCUGCAACCAUCGCCGUCGCCGUGGUUUGAGAUUGGCACGACCGUGGCACCAACUUCUCGCAUUUCCCUCCACGCAACAGACAACGCGGACACACCAAGCAACGACGUCUCUCUCCACGAGAUCCUGACGUUUGAGGCUCGCGUGGAAUUGCCGUUUGGCGAGUACAACCUGACCCUCGACUUCGUGCUGGACCCCUACACAAACAAGAACGCGUUUGUGGUUCCCGAUGCGUCUGACUUCUUCAUUGCCAGUCUGCCAGCGUGCCUGUCCAACACCACCGCCUUCGCUGUUGAAGUACCAACCAUGGCAACCCCAAAGCAAGUGCGCGUGGUGUUUGGCACUGUGCAGUGCAAGCAGGACCCAAGUGAAGCCAACACGGUGUUUCCAGCCGACAACACCCUCAAGGUGCAGCUGCAAACGGCAGUUGUCGACGAACAUGCUGCUGAUCCACUGCUCUCUGCAAACCGUCGGCGCCACUUUGUUGACCUGACGGCGGAGUACACAUCUGCGCUUGGCACCAACACGACCGCAGUGUGGUGGGCAGACGUGACUGUCGUGCACCCGCAGCUUCGCCUGCUCACGUGGAUGGACACAGACGCGCGCGACUCCGAGGCUGGCGACGUUGUCACCUACAUGUUCUACGUCACGCACGACGUCAACUCGACAGCCCCGGCCUAUGAUCUGCAGCUGCUCUCCACUCCCAACGUGCACCACGCCAUCCAGAACGACACCAUCAAGUGCCUCGAAUUCUGCGACGCGGAGGAGGCAACGCAGGUCACCGCAACAGACCAAGGUGGACUGCUGUUCACCAUCCCACGCCUGCCACUGGGCAAGAACGCGUACUGGCGGUGGAAGGCAACGGUGCUGCAGACCGUGCCCGCCGGUCGUCGUCUUCGCUCCGACUACGACUUCCGCUUCGACACGCACCCGCGCAACGCGAGCACAGCCACGCCACUGGACGACAGCGCCGGCGUGCCGCUUGUUGGAUACGAGGACACGGAGAGCACGUAUCACACGAUGGACAUUGAAGACGCUAACUUCACGGGCCUUCCCGUGUUCAGCAGCAUCGCCACGACGCGUGAGUCUCCAAGAUACGAUGUCGUGCCAGAUGAGCUCUUCAUCCUCAACUACACCAUCACGCUGCCUGCGUCGACAACGGAUACGCGCGUUACCAUCUACAUGCCGUCUGCCUACAUUGCGCUCAGCGGCACCGUGACGGGCGUUGGUGGCCUCAUCCGCAACAGUUCGCUCGAUGCUGGUGACAUGGCCGAUCUUCUGAGUGGCGGUCGCAGCGUCAAGUUUGACUUUGGUCGAGUGCAGCGCUUGAUUGCUGCUGCUGCCUCCUCCUCGUCAUCGUCAUCGUCGUCGCAGCAAAAUGGGACCACCACGAUGGAAGCGGAGGAACAGGCAUCAUCCCUGUUCAUGUCCGUGCUGUGCCAUGCGGAGCCUUCGUUCUUCGGUAGCAACUACGCGUUGCGUGACACGGAGCAGCUCAUCUUUGCGCGCCUGUCGUUUGACGGAUCCGUGGCGGACGUGGAGGUCAACACAACAGCACGGGAGCCGCGCCUGCUGCUCUCGGAUCCCAUCAACCACCGCCACGAUGCGGGUGACGUGGUGACAUUUGCAGUUGUGCUCAACCACGACAACCGCACCACCUCUGCUGACGCCUACGACGUCUUCCUCGCGUACGCGUUCUCUGACAAGGUUGUUCCAGACAACGCCACCGCAGUCGCCUGUCUCGUCAACACCACAGAUCCCUUGGUUGCCAGUGCACCCGCCUGCCUCCCCUUGGCUUCGACCAUCGCCUCCCCCUCCACCACUGCGGCCACACCCGCCAACAACAGCAGCAGUGUCAACAGCACGGGUACUACAACUGCCACUAGCACCAGCGCGAUGACAACAACAACAACAACAAGCACAAGCAGUGACGGUGGUGGCGAUAAUUCACUUCCGCUGACGCUGACUGCACAAGGGUUUGAGUUGCGGCUUGCGCACCUGCGUCCAUUUCAGCGCGUGCACAUUGUGAUUGAAGGGCAGGUUGUGCAGGACGUAAUCCCACAAGACAAGCUUGUCAACUCCGCAAGCCUGCGCUACGACACAAGCCCCGACAACGAGACCGCCGCGUACCCUGGAAAAGAGUACGCGCUUGACCUUGACGUGACGACGGUGGUUGUCAGCCCCGUUGCCCGCUACGAGGUGACCAGCUUAUCCGAGGCUGAGACCCUGGACAACGUGCUCACAAUUGGCGAGGAGGCGACCGUGGAUGUGCUGUGGAACCUUCCUGAGGGUGAGAUGCCGGGCGCGGUGCUGGCGGUGUCCGUGCCGCCGCACACGACGUUCCUCAACGCAACGAUAGUUCGCAUUGGGCGGUCGAUUAGCGGCUCCAAUGUUGUGCCAUAUCAGACGUAUGACGACAACUUUGCUGUGCUUCCAUCUGACCCAACCGCUGUUCUCAUCGACCUGGGUGACCUCAGCAACACCUUCAACAACACCGUCAACCUGCAAGACGACAUUCACGUCCGCGUUCGCUUCUUCGUGGACAAUGAUCCCGCCAAUGCGCUCAACACGUUCAUCAACGUUGAGACUGGGCUGGCGUGGCUUGGUUCUGCGCGGUGGGUGGACAGCAGCUAUCCCAUCAAGAUUGCAGAGCCGCUGGUGUCCAGCUCCGUCUCCACACCAACAGCCCGCCCUGAUGCACAGGACCUGCUCACAUACACAACCAUUGUGCAGCAUGACGCUGCUUCAACGUCCCCGAUUUACAGGGCGACAGUGGUGGUGACCACACCAGCAGAGGUGCAGCUGCAAACGGGUAGCAUUGACAUCUUCAGCGGAACAGUGCUGUCAUCAACCCCAACACUGCGCGUGGUGAACGCAUCUGUGUUUGAGGUUGGGUUUGAGAAGAUGAGCGUGCUCGCGAGCGACGGGGACGAGAAGCUGACCAUCACAUAUGACGUCGUGGUUGUGGAUGAGAUUCGAGCAAACGAAGACAUCAUCGUGACGACGACCAACUCGUGGUGGUCCACGCCAACCAACUUUACCCACCCUGGCCGCUUCCGCGAUGGCUUCAACGACACAUCACCCUACUUUGGCGAGACAUCACAGCACAUCAACCCGGCGAAGCAGAACAGUGUGACCAUGUAUCUGGAUCGCUCCUCCCUCGAAGACACCAUCGGCACGCAAGUCAACGUUGCUGAGGAGCUGGUGUAUCGCUCGUGCAUCACCGUGCUGGAGGGCCACACCAACGUGUCCCUCGCCAUCGCCAUGCACUCUGGACUGGACUUCCUCAACGCCAGCUUGUACUCCGUCGGCGCCGACAUCGCAGAGUCGCUGUCCUUUGUUGAAGGCGACAUGUUCAACGCCACAACAGAUGACAGCACCGGUGGACCUUUGGUCCUGUUUGCCUUUGGUGAACUCGUCAACACCGCCACGAACGUUGAAGAUGAUGGUGACGCCAUCUGCAUUGAGCUGGCCGCCCUCGUUGCAAACAUCCCUGAAAACAUCAACGGGAUUGUGCUGCCGGCGACGGCCACGCUCGUGACCGACACGACGCAGCUGACAUCCAGCACUGAGACUGUGCGCGUCAUCGAACCCGUCGUCACCACCGACCCCGUGGCCAUCACAAUCCCAGGACAGGGCGCUGUGGAAGUGCUGAGCAUUGACAGUGAGGCGGUGGAUGCUGGCGAUGAGGUUUCAUUUGAGAUUACGGUGCGGCACUUGCCAUCAUCGACCUCCACGACGUUUGACGUGUUCAUCGAGGCUCAUCUGCCCGACUACACGGCUGUCGUCUCCGUGCAGCAAGGCACCCUGCCGACCACCAUCAACACCACCGUGCCGGGGUAUGUCGUGUGGCACCUGCCCAAACUCACGCUGGAGGAAGAGUCCUACACCACGUCCGUCACUGUCCGCGUACGCAACGACAUCAUCCCAUCUGCCGCCGACCUGAAGUGCGACGUCACCACCACGGCACACUCGUCCCCGCUCGCAGACAACGCAGACGCAAAGGCGUUCACCAGCGUUGCAGAGUCGGCUGUUCUCCUCGUCAAAGGUGUCAACGACGACCUGGAACUGGUCAGCACCAGCAUCGCCGCCACAGCCGGGUACGACGUUGCUGUGCACGAGCUCGCCACCUUCCAAUACACAUUGGUGCUGCCCGAGGGCACCGUGCCGUCCAUCACACUCAUCAUUGACCAGCCGAGCGAUGACAGCCUGCGCCUGGAUCGGGUUGAGCUGCAUUUUGGCGCAAACGUGGCGUGCGAGGGCGUGCCUGUGCUUGAGGAUGCUGCGGGUGCGGUUGACCACGUGCUGCAGUUUGACAACUGCGUCAACACGUACGACAACGAGGAUGACGACGCUGAUCUCAUGGUGGUGACCAUCGUCACGGUCGUGCAAGAUGUUGUGUCCACGCUUGAGGACCGCAACAAGGCGAUGCGCUUCCGCCUGCAGACUGUGCACACACACGGGACGCCGGGCAGCACGCGAAAAUCAUCGUACAUGGAGACGCUCAGGUUGCAGCUGCCAAACGCGGCAAUGGCGCUUGACACAGUGGUGCGCAACCAUGUGCUGCCUGGGGACACGCUGCAGUUCGAUGCUACUGUUGAGCAGGAUGGUAACUUCCUGGCCCCAAUGUUCAACACCAGCCUUGAUAUUGCCAUCCCAUCGUCCCUGAUUCCCGUGCUUGUGCUGGUCGGCGUGAACGGCGCGCCGCUCACCGACCACCCGUUCACCCUUCGCGACGGCACCAACGGCACUGCCACGUCCGUGCUGUCCAUUCCACUCGCCACCAUUCUUCCGGAUGACACGGCUGCCGUGCGCGUCCUUACUGAGGUUGGCUCCGAUGUUGAGCAAGGGCUCGCCAUUGCCGCCAACGCCACGCUCACGUUCGACACAUCCGAAGGGUCGCCGACCUACCCUGGCCGCGUGUAUGCUGUCGCUGAUGACUUCAAGACACUCUACGUGGCAGCGCUCGUCCUGACGCAAGACAUUGUCCGCCUCAACUUUCCAGGCGAAACUGAUGUUACAGAGGUGUCCGUGUACGAGCCCCUCACACUUCGCCACACCGUGCGUGUGCGCGGAAGCUAUGCGCUGACCACCACCAUCAGCCUUCCCGCUGGCGGUGGUGCUGGUGCUGGUGCUGGUGGCGGGGACGAGGAAGCCAUGAUCGUGGACACAUGCACGACAGUUUCUGUUGGCGACAACGUGCUCAUCACCCCUGGUGCGACAUCACCAGGCAAUGUCGUGCAGCCCACAAUUGUGCAUGAUGCGAACACACACACCAUCACGUUGGCGUGGGGCGAUGCCGUGAACGAGGCCACGUCGGCCGUGUACACGCAGGAUGACGACAUUGUGUACGAGUGCAAUGCGCGCGUGCGCAACUUGGUGUGGAUCGAAGCUGGUGAUGUGUUUGCGUUGGGCGGCAACGCAGAAUACGCCGUGUUCACGUCCUCGGAGGAGCACAUGCUCACCGUGAGCGACCCGGAGCUGGUGUUUGCAUCCUUCACUCCGUCAUUUGGCGCCACAGAGCAAUCGCCGGUGACGCCCGUGCAAGCACAGGAGGCUGUAACGUUUGACUUUGCCGUGAACAACUCCCUCGCCGCGAGCGUCGUUGCUGCCACCGCAUUUGAUGCGCAGCUGCUGCUGUUCUUGCCGGGAAUUUCAAACGCCGUCGUCGCCAGCGCAGACCCGUCAACGCAGCUUGAGUAUGACACAGACUUGGAGGCGUACCGGCUGCUCGUUGACCGCGUCGGCGAAGCGGAGAUGUGGACCGUCACCCUCGCCGGCACCGCCAUCACGCAACUCCCCGUGGGCGUGCCCGUUGAGCACUCCGCACAGCUUUCGUGGCUGAGCACAGCGGACCCCACCCGCGAGCUCGCCCGUCUGCACACGGAGGAGCCACCCACAUCGUGGACCAUGACAGUGCGCCAUCCACAGCUGGACUUGGCCGUGUACUCCACGCGCACUGUUGGUGGGUGGAGGCGUGUUGCUGGCGACGCACAAGCUGGUAGCAACAGCAGCCCUGCCCCCGAGGUCACCGUGGGUGGUGUCAUCUGGCUCACCCUGACUGUGGAUGUGUAUGCUGGUUUGCACACGGACCUCAAAGCGGUGCUGGAUGUGCCCGAGGGCUUAGUGCUCGUUGACCACGUUGUGAGCGAUGGCCACCCCAACAUCGACCUUGGUGCUGGCCCAACCGUUGUUGAGACGGGCAGCGCUGACGGCGAGUAUGAGUUUGUGUUUGGCAGCCCGCUGGCAACUGCUGAGGACACUGUCGUGCUGAACGUGUACUUGCGGGUGGCAGAUGACAAGAGCGUCAACUUCAACGGCGCCGUGAAGACCCUGCGUGCGCACCUCGACUACACAGAGUUCACGAACCAAGACGACCAGCAGCUGGACGUGGUGGUGGUGUACCCGCUCUUGCAGCUCACGGGCGACACGAGCGUGGCAACCGCAGAUGCAGGCGACACGAUCGUGCUCACGCAGCUCCUCAGGCACACGGAUCAGUCUGAGGCCCCCGCCUACAACAUCACCGUGGGCUUGAUGGUGCCAGGCGCAGCGCUGCUCACCAACGUGACGGCUGUGCGCUCGAUGCAGCACACGGGCACCAACGGCACAGUCUUUGUUGAACACGCCUUUGAGCAGUACGAACCAACGCCCAUCAUCGACCUUGGCUUGCUCAACGAAACUGAUGCGGUGGUGGUGACGUGGACGUUUGUGGUGCAGCAGCGCGUGCAACCGUCAAGCACGCUUGCCUUUGCCGCAGCAGCAACAUACAAGCACGGCUCCCUCACCACCAGCCGCCAAGAGACGGCCGUUAUGGCUCCACUGGACGUGGUGGUUCCUGGUAUUCACCUGCAAGCCCCUGGCGAGGACGAUGAGGGUCGGGCGCGCGACUACGGCGUCGGCGAUGUCAUUCACAUGCAGGUUGAUAUGGACCUGCCUGAGGGCACGCUCCCCGAGCUUGUGGUUGAUCUUCACACUACGCCUGGCACGGCAAUUGUUGGUGCCAGCCUCUCUUCGCUCACAGGCCACAUCUUUGCCUCUGACAACGAGGGGAGCGUGGCUGUGAUGCAAGGCGGCCAGGAGAGUGCGCUGCUUGGCGCUGACAGCAACAGAAGGAGACGCCGUGCUUCCGGCAACGAUGACGACGAUGAUGGCGCAAUGAUGAGCAGUGCUGCCAACGCCACUCAGCGGCUGUUUGAUGUGGAAGCUGACGCCAACCAGCGUGUUUCAGCCGUGCGCGUGCGCGUGUUCAACGUCACGAACAACUUCAACAACGUUGAGGACACCCGGGACCGCCUUGUUCUCAACGUGACGGUGGCUGUGCUGGACGACGAAGCCAUCUCUCGCAACACAACCGUCAAUGUUACGGCAAGUGUGUCUGUGCCAUGGAGCGCGGCCAGCGUGGCCGUCAGCCCGACUUACAACAUUGGCGAGCCUGCGCUCAACGUUGAGACGUUCUGGGCCUUUGAUGACUCGACGGCUGUUCUCGUGUUUGUGCACACGAUUGCCCACGCCAACAACUCCGACCUGAACGCAGCCAACCUCCACCUCACCUCAAACGUCACAGGCACACUGAUUGUGACCACGAGCAACAUGACCAAUGGAACCGACUGGGAUCUUCUUGUUCGCGGUGAGAGCAUCGUGGCGUAUCAUGUGGUGGUCGUGGACAGCGCGUCGCCACAGGGUGCAUCCGUGUGUGUGCAGCCGACAGUCGAGUACAACAACGCAGGAAGCAGCAGCCCGCGUGCAUACGCGCAGACGGAGCACCGAGACUGCUUCAAACUGCCCGAACCAGCAAGAAGCCGGUGGCAACGGUCCAUGUUUGUGACGCUCCUUGCCAUUGCGUGUGGCGUGCUGUUCCUCGUGCUGCUCUUCCUUGCUGUGAGCGAGCGGCGGCGGCGUCGUCGCGGUGGGAAGAACGUGGGCAAGCUGCCCAAGCCAGCCAAGGUGAUGGUGCGACCAACGUCACUGAUUCGCCGACAAGGCUCAGCAGCAGCGUCGUCGCCACGCGACGCGCUUGCCCUUGGCAAUGAUGACGAGGACAUGGACUACCUUGUUGUUGGCGAUGACAUUGAUCACACAUACGCAGCACCGCGAGGGCCGCUGAUUGCGCUGGGUGAUGGGCUGUACGCUGAGAUUGACCAGGUGCUUGAGGCGCACGCUGGUGACGAAGAGGGUGACUACUACUGCACCAUCAACUCGGCGUUUCAGGAUGUGUAUGAGGACAUCAACAGCUUCUAUGCCAACGCGCGUGUGCGGCUGCCUGAUGGCACGUAUGCGCAGAUGAAUCGCUACUUCUUCAAUGACGACGGCAAACUACGGCGCAAGAACCGUGACACGAACGAUGAGCACAUCUACGAAGAAAUUCCCGAGGACGAUCCAAUCUACGAAGAGAUCAAGGAUGUGCUCGCGGGCACACGGCCCCGCCAGCCAAUGCCUGUCAUCCGCACGAAGGACAACCGGCAGCUUGGUCUUCGCCGCGUGUUCCGGCGCAACAGCGACGGCUCCCUCGUGCCGUGCUUCUACCACGACAGCGGGCUGUAUGCCGAUGCUGCUGUUGUGCGCACGGAGAAUGGCGAGUAUGCUGACGCCUCUGACUUCUUCAAGCGAGACGGGCGCGUGUUUGAGCCGCUGUACGAGGAAGCGCACAUUCUGCACGACACUGGCGAGUAUGCCGGGGCCAGGGAGGCCAUGUACGACGUUGCCAACCCGUCCCAUGACGAAUAUCUGGAUGCCGAUGCGAUUUACGACAUUGGCGAGGCGCAGGGGGACGAGCGCAUGUACGACAUGGGAGCAGACGUGCAGACCGACGAUCCAAUCUACACCAUGGGCAACGACAACGAGGAAGGUCUGGAUGCCAUUUAUGACAUGGGGCAGGAGACAGGCACAGAUGCGCAGUACGCGCUUGGCAACACCGACAAUGCGGAUGCUGAUGGUGACGCCACGUACGAUGUGGGCAACGCUGAUGCCGUGUAUGGCGCUAGCGCAGAUGACGACGACACGCUUGAACCCGUUUACGAUGCCGGGCAGGAAGGACUGAACAGCGCAGAUCCCCUGUACGAUGUCGCCAACCGCCCUGGAACUGCAGGCGGCGGCGGCGGCGGCGCAGAUGGCGGUGGUACCAGGGUUCGCAAGCGUGACAGUGAGCCAACCUAUGACACCGCCACAUUCCGCCGGCGUGCGUCUGAUCAGCCGCCGCCGCUGAGCGGGCAGCGUCUGGGCAGUGCCGCAGACACAUACGAUCUUGGGGAUGGAAUGGCGCUUGGGGGUGGUGGAGAUGGCGACGCAACGUAUGACAUUGGCAACGAGGAAGGGGACGCGCUUGUUGGCGGCAACAGCCAUGGUGCUGGUACGACUACCGAUGGUGAUGAUGAUGCGGUGUACACGCUCGGAGACGAGAUGGACGGGUUCAUCGAUGACCACCCACUGUCCAGCGUCGUCAGCAGCGGUCAAUCCUCGCACCGCCACCACUAUGGCGGGCGGUCGUCAGCGGGGCCCAUGAUUGUUGCACCAGAGCCAUCCAUCCGCAACAGAGGCGACGGUGAUGAUGGCAAUCUCUCUGUGGCAGCGUCGAGUGACGUGUACUCCAUUGCCAAGUCCGACGCAAGCCGCACCGGUGGUACCAUGGGCCAUCAACACCGCCACCACCAGCACCACCACCGCCACCAGUUCCACCGCCACCAGCAGCAGCAGCAGCAGCACGAGGCGACGUAUGCACCAUACCCGCUGCAGGAUGGCGCUGAUGACAUUUACGACGUGAGUCCCCUCAACAACGCCGUUGCGCCGGAGGACGUGGACGAGGAAGGUGAUUACGACGCGCAAACGACGAGGAAGGGCAGCAGCAACAUGAGCAACGCUGGCAGCGACGGCGCUGACGAUUUGUAUGCGAUGGCCAACAAGUUUGGAUACAGCGGCGGCGGUCGUGACAGCAUUGAUGAGCUGCCGCUGCCGCCACCACCGCCACUGCCACUGCCCAUGAUGGGAGCAAACACCGCAGGCAACAGCAACACCAGGACACGGCCGGCGAACACGUCGCCGCAACAGGAGAAGCGCGCACAGCAGCGGUACAAGCCCGUGUACGAGGCGCUGAACGAAGCAGAGGACGAUGAGAGCGACGCUGACGAUGGCUACCAGCGCGCAGACAGCACAGACGAGGACGAGGACGAGGACAGCGUGUAUGGCCACGGCCGCUCCGGUAGUGAGCGAGGUGACUCGUUUGACGCAGAUGCGCUGGAGACGCGUGCUGGCCCCAACAACACGUUGGUUGUGAAACGCCGCGGGACACGCGACGUGGAGGACAUUUAUUCCGUGAUUCAAAAGGCGACGACACCGCCCCCACCGGACCUGCCGUCCCGCUCGCACUCGUGCGCGUCAUCGGUGGUGUCGAUCCAGUCGCUUGAAGCAUCGCCAAAGGGACAGCGCAGCGUGCGGCCGCCCCCACGCCUCCGAGCCCCGAGCGGACAAGUGAAGCAGAAGAGCACCAUCUCCAUGGAGUGGGAUCCACACAUGCAGUAGGCAGUAGCAGCAUCCGCUGUUGUGUCUGUGUGUGUGUCUCUGUGUGUGCGUGUGUGUGUGAAAGCAGCUUGCGCGGAACACGAGGGCGGGUUGUGUGAUGUUGUGUGAUGUUGCGUGUGUUGUCGGGUUUUGUGACAGUGCAGCUGAGCUGUACAGAAGACAUGUGUGUGUUGUGUUGUGUCGAGAAGAAGCAUGUACAAAUUUGAUUCAUUGAUUGAACAAGGUCCAUCCAUAGCGACAGCCAAUUAAAAGUGAAGCAACAACAGAA